AUGGAUCCAAUUGAUUUGGCGGCGUCCAAUUGUGGUAAGGCUGUUGUUGUAUUCGAAAACGACAACGAUUUGAUAAUUUCAAACAAGAAUAAGAAAGAUGUAUCAGUAGAGCAAAUAUACAAGGACAAAGAUACUUUAAAGGCUGUGAUUGCGAAUUAUGCAAUUGUUGAAGCAUCAACAGAAUAUCUCUACACUGCAAUGGAUGAUGGAAGGCGUUUCAUGAUUUUUUUGGAAAACAAAACAUGCAGUUGUCGGAAGUUUCAAAUAGACGAGAUACCAUGCCCACAUGCCUGGGCUGUUAUUAAGAGUAAAAAUCUGACGGUUGACGAUUAUUGCUCAGACCUGUACAAAUCGAAGAUAGUGGUGAAGACGUAUGACGUCCCCGUGCAUCCUCUCCCUGACGAGAGUGAAUGGAAGAUUCCAACAUACAUCUCUAAUAAAGUCGUCCUACCACCUAAAUACAAAAGACCUCCUGGAAGGCCUAAGAAGAAGCGGAACAAGCCCUUAAUGGAGCUGUUACUUGGGAAACGUAGAAAUUCAUAUAGUACAUGUGGACAUCUCGGUCACAAUAGGCGUUCUUGUACUAAUAAGCCUCGUAAGAAGUAA